ACGGGGGACGCGCCACGAGUAGUACCCGGCCGGCACCACGCCACCACGUACUACGUACGCCAUCCAUCCUGCCCGCCCGCCCGCACCACGGGUUUUCAAAAUUCAAAGGCGCUGCCGUCCCGUCUGCGUCCGCCGGUUGACGUUUCGCCACUCCACUCGCUGCCUGCCGAACGGUCCGAAGCCGCUGGAAAACAAGAAGGCGCAGGGGGAUCCACGUCCUACCAGCGGAUGGAGCGCAUCCCGUCCGCCACUCCCGCCGGCCACUACUCCCGGUCCAUUUUUGCCUCCUCCCAGUCUCCGUCUCUGCGUCACUAGCGCUCGCGCUCGCGCUCGGAAGAGAGAGAGAGAGAGAGAGAGAGGAGUGGUUGCGCGCCCAUCGGCCCCGUACCGCUUGUUGGCUUGCGCCCGCCCUUGUGCGGAGUGGAGUGGUUGCUGCUUUUGCCCGUCGCCAUUGCCGGCGUCGGGGUGCGGGCGGGCGGGCGGGCGGACUCACCCACGCGCGGGUGACGGGAGUGACGUGACGGCACUCUGCGCGUCGCCUUGUUAUAUCCACCCCGCACCGCACCGAUCCGAUCCUCCUCGGCGGCAGCCAGCGAGAGGUCCAGACUCCAGAGGCCCAAGGGUGAAGGAAGAGCGGGGAAUUUCGUACGAGCGCGUGGCCGGCCAUGGACGCGCCCUUCUUCCACGAGCUCCGGCGGCAGGCCUCCUCCUACCUCACCGGCAAGAUCCGCUCGGCGCGGCUCGCGCUCACCGACGUCACACCGACGCAGCUGAUGACGGAGGAGGCGACGAACGGGGACGCGUCGCCGCCGAGCGCCAAGACGAUGAGCCUCAUCGCGCGGGAGGCCUUCGAGAUCGACGAGUACCUCAGGAUCUCCGACAUCCUCCACAGCAGGCUGGCGACGUUCGACCGGAGGCAGUGGCGGGAGCCGUACAAGGCGCUGCUGCUGCUGGAGCACCUCCUGACGCAAGGCCCCCGCAGCGUCGCCCUGGAGUUCCAGAAGGACCGGGCCGUCAUCCAGCAGAUGGCCGCCUUUCAGCACAUCGACGAGCGAGGUUUCAACUGGGGCCUGACGGUGAAGGGCAAGUCGGAGCGGGUGCUGAAGCUGCUGGAGCGGGGCCCGUUCCUGGAGGAGGAGCGCGAGCGGGCGCGCAAGGUGGCGCGCGAGAUCAAGGGCUUCGGCAGCUUCAACCUCAGCAGCAGCGGCGGCGGCGGCGGCGGCGGCGGAAGCACAUCGCGCGCGGCGCCGCAGACGUACGGGCGCAGCCACUCGCGGUACGAGGACCGACCGUGGAAGGCGGAGGACGGCGAGGAGGAGGACAAGGAGAACCUGGUGUCCCGGCCCGACCCGAGGAGCGCGCGCGAGGAGGCGGAGGAGCGGCACCACCGCCACCCGUUCCACGGCUUCGCGCAGCAGCGGCAGCCGGAGGCGAUGCUGCUGCUCAGCCAGUGACCGAGGCUCGCCGCCGCCGCUGCUCAGCCAGUGAUCGAGACUUGGGAGAGGGAUGAGCGCCGUCGCCUCCCCCCCUGAACUGUACUCUGUAUGUCUGUGUCUGUCAGCGUGUGAUCUGAAUCUGAAGAAGAAGAAGGAAAGCGCGUGCGAGGUCAGUGGUUUGCUGACGUUGCCGAAUGCUUAGCUCUGUUCUUCCUCUCUCGUGUUAUGCUUGUACAGUCUCUUGAUCCCUCCUUCAGCAAACCGUGGCCGUCUGAACUGUUCCUGAGUACAUGAAUGAACACGUAAUAAGAAUUCUGAACUUGACAAA